CAACCGGAUAAAUUCCCCUCCCCCGUGAAGGCGCCCAUCAUUUUCCAGCUUAGGCCGUCCGGUGGAGGUUUCGAGAAUUGACCAUUUCUACUGUUGCUGGCCCGGAACUCGCCCUUCCCAGGAUGUCAUUCUUCUUAAGUUGUCCAGAUCACCACUCAUUGCAAUGGAGACCGGUGAAGAACGAUGGACAAAGAAGACGACUUACACCAUCAAAGAUGAGCAACAACGAGUGCUUCAAGUGUGGACGCUCUGGCCACUGGGCUCGGGAGUGCCCUACUGGAGGUGGCCGUGGCCGCGGCCUCCGGAGCCGUGGAAGAGGUGGAUUCUCCUCUGGCAGAGGGUUCCAAUUUGUUUCUUCAUCUCUUCCAGACAUCUGUUACCGUUGUGGUGAGUCUGGUCACCUUGCCAAGGAUUGUGAUCUUCAGGAGGAUGAAGCCUGCUAUAACUGCGGUAGAGGUGGCCACAUUGCCAAGGAUUGCAAGGAGCCCAAGAGAGAGAGGGAGCAGUGCUGCUACAACUGUGGCAAACCAGGCCACCUGGCUCGUGACUGUGACCAUGCCGAUGAGCAGAAAUGCUAUUCUUGUGGCGAGUUUGGGCACAUCCAGAAAGAUUGUACUAAAGUCAAGUGCUAUAGGUGUGGUGAAACUGGUCAUGUAGCCAUCAACUGCAGCAAGACAAGUGAAGUCAACUGUUAUCGCUGUGGCGAGUCAGGGCAUCUUGCCCGGGAAUGUACAAUUGAGGCUACAGCUUAAUAAUUGACCGUUGUCGCCCCUCCUUUUUCUGAUUGAUGGUUGUAUUAUUUUCUCUGAAUCCUCUUCACUGGCCCAAGUUUGGCAGACAGAGGCUACUCCCAGGCCAGUGAGCUUUUCUUGCUGUGUAAAAGGAGGAAAGGGGUGGGAAAAAAAAAAUUUGACUUUCUGCAUUUAACUCAAAAAAAAAAAAUGUUUCUGUUUAGUUUGGUAGAGGUGUUCUGUAUAAUGCUUUGUUAAAGAGAACCCCCUUUCCGUGCCACUGGUGAAUAGGGAUUAUUGAAUGAGAAGAGUGGAGUCAGACUAGUAAACCCUUUCUGGGUCCUGGGAAGCGAUCCCAUGCAGAGGAAAAGCCAAUUCUGGAAGUGUCUGGGAACUUCCGCAAGAAACUUUAAUUUAAGUAUAUGAUGGCCUUGGAUGACGGUCUGACCUCAGUAGCUGUUAAUGACAUCAAGUGACAUCUGUAUCCAGGCCCUUACGUAGAGCAGAUAGUCGAGUGGGAGUAAACAAAAAAAAAAAGAAAAAAAACCAAAACAAAAAAAACCAAGGUGUGCAUGCCUGUAUGGCCGUGAGAGUCAGAGAGGAAUUAGAGUCGAAACCUGAAAUGUGACAACUCCGUUGCUAUGUCAAUGUUUGAGAUAUGAGCUUCAGAUGCAGACGGUGUGACGUUUAUUUGCUAAAUUGACAACCCAGGGUGAGCAAUGAUGCUUAGAGAAAAACAUCAAUUGGAGCUGUUCAGGAGUUGCCGCAGAGACAUGCAUUUUCACAGGAGCCAAGAUGUUAUUUUUGUAUACUAUAUCACUUAGACAACUGUUGAGUUUCAUUUGUUGUAAUCGGUUUUUAAGGUCAGAUGGUAAAAGCAACUGAAGUCCUAGAAUAUAGAAAUGUACUUUUAAACUAUCAAUAAAGCUGGAGGAGGAAGGGGAGUUUGACUAAAGUUCCUUUGUGUUUCCAGUUUUCAUUCAUGUGCAUAGUUGAAAUCAAUGGCAUAUCGGAGUGGGGGAGCAUGGAGGAUUAAACAGCUGACAGUUUGGACUCUUUCUUUGUACUAAACAUGUCUUCAGUGGUGAAACUAUUAAACUUGAGAAAGUGUUGGGUUUAGAA